AUGAUAUCGCGCUCGACGAAUACACAAUGUUUCAGUUUCAAACAAAAAAUCGAAAUUCGAAGUCAUCACUAUAAGGAGAACAGCAGACUAGCAGCACAUAUGGAAGAAGGAGAGCAACUGAGCUUUGGGACAAAAGGAGGUACCAGUGAGGAAACAUCAAAGGAUAUGAACCGUGACGCAUUGCUAGAGGGCUCGAACAUCGAGACUAUGGUGAACGAUAUCCUGUUUCAAAGUUUGCUGAAGGAGCAAGAAGAAUUUGAGCCACAAGACGAAUUACAAUUUGGAAGAAAGCUUCCCAUCGACACAAAGUAUGUUGACCCAGCGCAGUUCCUGGUGUUGGAUAGUACUGAUAUACACUCUAACUUAACAGUGCAAGGUCUGCCAGAGGUCUCGAGGGUCGAGAACCAGUUGAAGUUGCACUUAACACUAUCGGGAGAUCCAUCGUUGGAUCACAAGUCCCUAGUGCAUCUACCUUCGGAUUGUAUCGCUAAGGAGAAACUAUAUUUGACAAAUGACGAUAUAAAAACGUUUACGUCGUCUUUGAAGCACAAACUAGUGCAUCUAGAGACAUAUUUGUUAUGUGCAGGAUCCGAUGCGGAUACAACUGUGUGUAAACGAUGCGUUGAGAGAGAAUUAAAGAGAGCCUCGAGGAGAAAAUCGGGACUGAGUGAUAAUAUGUUAUGGUGCAAUAACCCACAUAGACGUGCGAUCAUCUUUAAGAAUAGACAAGUGAUGAACAUGACUAGAACAGGUCAUUCACUGGAGUUUGAUCUUGUUACAAGAAUUGUGUGCUAUUCCCGUCAUAAUAAAUCAAAAGAAGGUUUUAAACUGUUAUUUGUAGUGAGAGACUCUGAGGAUGGCAAAGUAAUGGCAAGGACAGUGACACAUCCUAUUGUGAUUAUGGAUAAGAAACAGGCCGGGUCCACCUCGGGUUCAAUAUCCACAACAAAUUCAGCCUCAACAUCAACUUCCUUGGCCGAAAUGUUUACCUCGAACCAGCUAUUCCUGUCGUCAGAACUGGAAUCAUCAUCUCCGUUCACAACUGUACCGUUCCCGUCACCUUCCUCCCUUAGUGAGGAUAGCAAUAUUGACUCCAGUAAAAGAUCACGUACAAGUAAAGACUCGACAAGUUCAUGGCAACAAGCAAUUGCAAGUCUAACUGCAUUACCAUCACCUCACGAUGAGGUUCAUGCACCAACAAUUCAAAGGAUUAUACCUGCUCAGGGACCCAUAAACGGCGGUAUAGAGAUUACAUUAUUAGGUAAAAAUUUCAAACAGGGUCAACGGAUUAAGUUUGGUGAAAAUAUUGCACUGUCUACACAAUGUUGGAAUGAUUCUACAAUGGUCACCUAUUUACCACCUGCAUCUACGCCGGGACAAGUCGUAGUGACAAUAGAAGACAAACCUGGUACUGUAUCACAGAUCAAUGCACAUCAAUUGGCAUCAUUACAGCUCCCACCUCAAUCUCCUCAGACGGUGAAUUUGAAUGCCAUUUUCACUUACGUCGAUGACACUGAUAGACAAUUGAUUGAAUUGGCAUUACAGAUUGUUGGGUUGAAAAUGAAUGGUAAAUUGGAGGAUGCUAGAAAUAUCGCUAAGAGGAUUGUUGGAACCAGUAGUACGCAUAGUACGCCAAGUCCUAUGUCCUCUUCCGCAGGUGGGUACACAGAUGAUGAAUCUCUGAUAGUCAAUGUAUUAACAUCUUUCAAAGUCGGUAGUAAAAACUUAAACCUUUCGGUUUGUGACCCUCAGGGGAGAACUUUAUUACAUCAUGCUGCAUUGAAAUCUUACCAUUCUUUGUUGCGGACAUUGAUCAAUUAUGGUGCACAUGUAGAGAGCCCUGAUCUAUUUGGAUUCACACCAUUACAUCUUGCAUGUGUGGCAGGUGAUUACAAAACCAUUGAGAUGUUAUACGAGGGUUGUCAUUGUGACCCAUGUGCAACAACUAUCAAUGGUAUGACUGCCAAGAAUUUGCUUUGGAUCAAUCAUCAUUUGAAAUGGAACAAUAUGAUUGAUAAUGAAAAGGAUACGACGUCUCAAAUAUCAUUAUCAGCAGUUUCAUCAUAUACAGAUUUGAGCUCACAAACUAAUAUCACUGUCCCGAUGAGUGAUGAUUCGGAUGAUGCUAUGGCAGAUGAUGAAAAUGAAUCAGAUAUUCGUGAGGACAAGUCUGUGUUGACAGACACAGAAGAAGAUAAUGACACUGCAUCGUUGUGGAACAGAAUGGUCACUAAACUAAACAAUAACGAUUUGUUGCCUAAAUACGAGGAUUUAUUCCCCAAGAAUUUAUUGGAUCUAAACACUAAAGCCGGCUCUAUGUUGCAACAUGAUCAAACACGUGUUAAUAUUGAUGAAGAAGAGUCAGAGGAAGAAGGUGACGAUCUUGAAGAUCUUCGUAACGGUGUACAGCAAUUCUUCUUACAGCAACGUACUAAGUUCCAGAAUGAUAGUAUGUUACUGUUCUUCUGGAUUCCACUGAUGGUGAUCCUAAUUUGUUCAAUGACACUAUACACUCUGGGUCAUGACGAUAAUUUCAUUCAAACACUGGGUGACCGGAUCUCCAAAUAUUUGAGAAUGGGAUUAAGUAACGUCAUCCUAGGUAACGAACGUAUGAAAGCAGUGGUACGUAAACAAUUCCAAACAUUCCAAACACCUCAUGUCUUACCAGAAAUGUCCUUGUAA